AUGUAUCACGAGGAGAGCGUGCAGGCCACAGCAGCAGAAACUUUGAAACCUCUUCCUCGCCUGAACACACUACUAUCAACACGAAACACAUCACCGCCGGUAAGAUCCGCCAGCGAGUAUCUCGACCAUCUGAAGAAAGACCCACGUUUCGUACAGCAGUCCUCUUUAGGGAAUAAACAGGUCGCUUUCCAAAUGGCGUUACGGGUGCAACAUUGUAAGAAAGCCAUGGAAUUUUUUAUAAACUUCAGUAGCGCAGUCGAGCCUUGCUGCAUUAUCAAGAGCUCCCUGGACGAGUGCUUGAUUUUGAUCCACACUGAAACUCCUGCAGAUCAACAAGGAAAAGGCAUUGCUAAGAUCCUUGUUCAGGAAGGUCUCAAAUAUGCAGCUGAAAAUAACUACAAAAUAAAACCAACAUGUCCGUAUGUGGCGAAGUAUGUGAGUGAAAAGGGAACGCCCGAUGAGAGAAACACUUGUAGUUCACUAAGUCGGCCUAUUCUUUAA